AUGAGCUCGAAACAGCCCUCAACCAAACCUCCCGACCCGCAAAAGCCGCUCAAACACGUCGACGUCCUGCAGAACCAAGCCUCCCUCCUCUUCGCGAAUCUCCAUCCCGUGCUGCUGCUCUCGCUCGUCCCGUUCAGCUUCAAGAGCUUGGUCAAUGACCCCGUCAACACGCUCCUGGGCCUCGCGCCUACAGUCGCCCUAGUCCAAGCAAUCUACUGCGUCGUCUGCCUCCCCUCCACAGGCCAAACCCCUCCACCCGCGCAUAAACCAGGACAAAAGAAGAAAUCCGGGAAACCAGUCCAAGAUAUCUGGGCCAGGGUCGUGCCCGCCCUCCUCUCCUUCCUCCUCACCCUCUUCCUCACCACGCCCCUCCUCUACAUCACGACAAUCCUCUUCGGCGCCCCCCUAAUCUCCCACCACCUCCACACGAUCCUCCUCUCCCUCCACCUCGCCCUCCUCACGACGCCGCAACUCUUCUACGUCCACGGCCUGGACCUCUCCACCUGGCUGCGGCUGGUCAGUCUGCAGCAGCCCGUGGAUGAAAUGUACGGGAUGAGUUUGGGGACGUUUGUGGGCGCUUGGUUGGGCGCGAUCCCGAUUCCGUUGGAUUGGGAUCGCGAGUGGCAGCGGUGGCCGGUGACAAUUGUUUGUGGGGCGUAUGCGGGUGCGGUGGUCGGGAAGGUGGUCGGUGGGUUUUUGUUUAAGGGGGCGAGGAUGAAGAUGAAUUGA